AUGUUGCAGUAUACUUUGCUGGUGCUUAUCAUCUUGCUUUUAAGUGAAAAUUUGCAUUACAGUAUUGCAGAGAAUGAUAUAAGCAGCUCUGCACUCAUCCAGCAGCACCGCUUUCUUCUAACAGCUAUUGAUCUUCUUGUUUUACUGUGCACAAUAUACCUUUACUUUGCUGUCACACUGGGAUCAAAUGACUUAUGUUCUGGUUCUCUGCGAACAGAAAGAGAAUCAUGUCUGGUAAAUCAUGGCAAGGGGAGCUUCACCAAUGGAAAAGUGAACUGCUAA